GCAUACGACUCGCAUUGUAACCUCGUUCUUGGAGACGUUGAAGAAACGAUAUACAUGGCCGAAGAGGAAGACGACGACCAGGAGCCCCGUGUACGGACAGUCAAGAAGCAGAGUGAGAUGCUGUUUGUAAGAGGCGAUUCAGUAGUCCUCAUUGCACCGGCAGAAGGAACUUCGCAAUAAUAGUGCCGUAUAAUUACUGGCCGAAGCAGAGUAUGAGGCAUGGGCAAAGACACACUUGGCGCACGGCAUCAGCUGCCGUAAUAAGGCAACGACCGGAACACAGACGCUAUUGAGAUACCCGAAUAUGGAAGCACCUGGGUGCACUCCUUGGAGGUUACAAGCAUGACCAGGAGAAUCGGUAGGCUGCAUGCUGGGAAGCAUAUACCUCGUGUGAAAGCACUGGAGCAAGUCACUUGGUUCGCGUGUUACCUUGUUCAAAGAGAUUCCCACAAAUGCAAACACUCGUCUUUCAAAA